AUGGAAGCUGAACCUUAUCAAAACGGCUACCAAAACAGCACCAUAUCAACUACCACUCCUAACGGUAUUGGUGGUCCCACUAUUCUGGUCCAGAUGCUUCCCUUAAUUCCUCCACAAAGUCAGGAUGAAGAUGAAGAUACAAUUUCAGAAGAUUCAUUUUCUUCAGUUCCCGGUGGUAACUUUUCAGAUGAAGAAGAUUCAAAUAAUCCAGUAAAUAAGCCUGCUCUGUGCAAAUGGACCGGCUGUAACAGAACUCUCCCCUCUCUUCAUGCGCUAGUCAUUCACCUCCAAGAAGACCAUUUUGGCCUUCGUCGGGCUAAAUAUUCCUGUGAAUGGGAAAAUUGCUCACGCAAGGGAAUCCUUCAACCAUCUAGGUUUGCUCUAGUAUCUCAUAUGCGCUCUCAUACUGGGGAAAAACCCUUCUAUUGCACAGUCCCGGAGUGUGAUCGUAACUUUACACGUUCUGACGCGCUUGCAAAACACCUUCGCACAGUCCAUGAAACAGAACACUUUCGACCUUCUGCUGCAGAUCCUCACGUCCAUUCUGACUCGAAACCUUUACUUGACGCUACUCCACAUUUCCCUAAACUCAUUGCUGAAUGGAUUCACUUGGGUCCAGACGCGUCAUCAUCUGCUACAAGUUCUUCUUCAUCAUCAUCAUCUUCUUCUGCCCAACAAAAACAACAAAGUUCUACUAGCCCCAAAAUAAUCCAUUGGCCUCCUGAAGGCACUUCAGCACAACCCCCUGCCUUAAAUGAACUUUACAUGAAAAUCAAAAAUAUGAAUGGCUCCGACCGUCUUUCAACCCUUCUCACAACUCCCAUGAGCCCAGCCCUUUUACAAGUCGAGGGUCGCGGGGGUCUUGACCGGUUUUGGGCUGAAAACGAUAUUGAUAGAGAUUUAUUUGGAAAGUCCACAGCCGAUAUGCUAACCAGAGAAGAAGCACUCGGCACUCCUACUCCAGCCACAGCUGCACCCCCACCAAAUAAACGUCGUAAGAAGGAUGACCAAACAACAACAGCAACAACAACUAAUUCCCAAGAUCAGCAAUUACAAUUGCAUCAGAAUCAACAAAAAACUCAAAAUGAAGAAAACUCUACAAGGCCUACAGUGGCAAAAUGGAAACAAACUUUUGAUAUCCUCAAGCGCCGAUUGGUAUGGACUUUACAACAUGAAAAUGAACUUGAAAAGGAAUACAGAGAACUUCAGUAUCUCAAGUAUCGCACAUGGAUCGAGGUUCAAAACCUGACAGACAAGACCCUGGCCAAAGCUAUCGGGACCGAGGAUAUCAAUGAGCUUAUGCUAUGGCCUGAAAAUCACAUCUCUGGCAAUCUACGUCCGGAACUCGAGGGAGAAGAUGUUUUAAAAAUGACAUUUGAUCCAGCCUCACUGCUUCAUCCAAGCGCCCGCAUUUUCCCUCAGAUUGAAAAACCAAGUGUUUUAAAAACAAGAUCUGGCAAGUCCCGUUCAUUAACCCAUGAAGACGGUGAAGAGUAUGAAAAUGAAGAUGCCCAUGGCCUGAAUGAAGAAGAAGAAGAAGAAGAAGAAGAUUUUGAUGACAUUGACCUGGAUAGCCACUACCUUGAUGAUGAUGACAGUUUGCUUGGAUCUGGCAAGCUGAUGGAGGAUAUGGUUCCAGGAACAUUUUUACAGGAGGCUGCGGCAGCUGCAGCUGCAGCUGCCGCUGCUGCCACUGCAGUACCAACCCCACCUGCCACCAAAAGAAAACGUGCUGCUCCUGGCAAGGGCAAAGCGCAGGCCGAUCCCAAUGCAUCUAAAAAGCCCCGCGCCAAACCUGGACCUAAACCAAGGAACUCUGCAACUGCUUCGGGCGCACCCGCACCCGCAACCAAAAGCCGUAAGCGAGCAGUUGUACCUAAGACGGAAGACGGUGCGGCAAAGCCCAAAGCAAAGUCGCGUGGGGCUAAGGCUGCAACACCGACAGGAACUGCAACACCACUUGAUAACACAAAUGAGCCUCCCAAGACUACUACCCGCAGAGCCAAAGCAAAGGCAGCUACACCAUCACGUAUCAAAUCACAGUCUCCAGCUCCUGGUGCAUCCAGUAUUACCAAACGAUCAAAGGGAGGGCGUAAGUCUAAUGCGACCAAGGCGGCAGAGGCAGCUGCUGCGGCCGCAGCAAUUGGCGCAGAAGCUAAAGCCAAGGCUGAUGCCGCUGUAGCAGCUGCAGAAGCAGCAGGGAUUAAGCUUGAGGAUGAUGAUGAUGAUAAUGACGAUGAUAAUGAUGAUGAUAACGAUGAUAACGAUAACGACUUUGAUGGAGAAGAUAAUUCUUUUAUGCAUUUUAACGGAGAUACUAGUAAGACUGAUGACAGUGCUACUGAUGCUGACGCCGUCGCCGCUGCUGCUGCUGCUGCUGCUGCUGCUGCUGCCAGCCGUGCCUCGUUGGAAGAAAGCUAUCGCAGUGAGCAAGGUGAUCUGGAUGUUCUUGUUGAUGAUGACAUAGAUGAUGUUGAUGAUGACGUGAAUGAUUCUCCAGUGUCAUCCCCGGUGGCUUCUAGCUAUGCUCAUCAACCGGUAGGCUUUGGGACCGGUCUGUAA